UGUCCCCGUCCACCAUCCCGCACCCCCAACACUCUUCAGUGAAGUAUUUACUCUACGACAACAGCUGGGUCAAUUGACGACGCGGGCCAAUCGGAUCCGGGGCUGUUAUCGUUGGCAGGAAGAAAAAAAAAAAAAACUGACAGUCGCCAUGAUACAGCAGCAGCAGCGGAAGCGAGUGAAGUAGCUAGAAAACAAAAGAGAACACGCAGUCGUCCUCGCUAUCUGGUAUGCUCUUGCAGUACAGGAAUGCCCAAGGAAAAAUAUGACCCGCCAGACCCUAGGCGGAUGUAUACAAUUAUGUCGACCGAGGAGGCAGCCAACGGGAAGAAGUCAUACUGGGGUGAACUUGAAAUCAGUGGUCGAGUACGAAGCCUCAGUACAGCCCUGUGGUCUCUGACCCACCUCACUGCCCUGCACCUCAGUGACAACUCCUUGUCACGUAUCCCGCCAGACAUUGCCAAACUACACAACCUGGUUUACCUGGAUCUGUCGUCCAACAAAAUCAGGAGCCUGCCGACAGAGCUCGGAAACAUGGUGUCGCUCAGGGAACUUCUUUUAAAUAACAACCAGUUGCGGGUCCUGCCUUUUGAAUUGGGGAAACUGUUCCAGUUACAAACGUUAGGGUUGAAGGGAAACCCACUAGCACAAGAGAUCAUGAGCCUCUACCAGGAACCGGAUGGCACCCGCAGACUGCUGAACUACCUGUUGGACAACCUGGCAGGAGCCAUUAAGAGACAACCAACAGAGCAGCCUCCCGCAAGGCAAUGGAUCGCCCUGAACGAGCCGGACCGGACACGAGCCUCAGCGUUGUUCUCGGUGAUGUGCUACAACGUGCUCUGUGACAAGUACGCCACGCGGCAGCUGUACGGCUACUGUCCCUCCUGGGCCCUGAACUGGGAGUACAGGAAGAAGUCCAUCAUGCAGGAGAUCCUGACGUGCAACGCAGACAUCAUCAGCCUGCAGGAAGUGGAGACGGAGCAGUACUACAGCUUCUUCCUGCCGGAGCUGAAGGAGCAGGGCUACGAGGGGUUCUUCAGCCCCAAGUCGCGGGCCAGGACCAUGUCCGAGUCGGACCGCAAACACGUCGACGGAUGUGCGGUCUUCUACAAGACAGAGAAGUUCAGCGUGGUGCAGAAGCACACGGUGGAGUUCAACCAGCUGGCCAUGGCCAACUCAGAGGGCUCGGAGGCCAUGCUGAACCGGGUCAUGACCAAGGACAACAUCGGCGUGGCUGUCCUGCUGGAGGUCCGCAAGGAGAUGAUGGAGCAGUCCUCUGGAAAGGCGCUCCACGGCAUGGAGAAGCAGCUGCUGCUGGUGGCCAACGCCCACAUGCACUGGGACCCCGAGUUCUCCGACGUCAAGCUGGUGCAGACCAUGAUGUUCCUGUCGGAGGUGAAGAACAUCGUGGACAAGGCCACGCGCAGCCUCAAGCUCUCCUCGGUGUCGGGCGAGACCAACGCCAUCCCACUGGUGCUGUGCGCUGACCUCAACUCCCUGCCCGACUCCGGUGUGGUGGAGUACCUCAGCACCGGCGGCGUGGACUGCACCCACAAGGACUUCAAGGAGCUGCGCUACAGCGACAGCCUGACCAACUUCAACUGCAACGGCAAGAACCCCACGUCCAACGGCCGCAUCACGCACGGCUUCAAGCUGAAGAGCACCUACGAGGAGGGCCUGAUGCCCUACACCAACUACACCUACGACUUCAAGGGUGUCAUCGACUACAUCUUCUACUCCCGGCCCAGCCUCAACGUGCUGGGCGUCCUGGGGCCGCUGGACCCCCACUGGCUGGAGAACAAUAUCAGUGGCUGCCCGCACCCCCACAUUCCCUCCGACCACUUCUCCCUGUUCGCACACCUGGAGCUCCUGCUGCCCAACCUGCCCCCCCAGGUCAACGGUCUGCACCUGGGCGCUCGCAGGUAGUGAGUCCCCCCCCCCACCAGCUCUGGUCCCCCUACUGCAGGAGGAGGAGGGCGCUGUGAGAUGGACCGCGGGGGCGGGCCCACAGGGAUUUCGUAUGAUGUAAUAGAUAUUCUAUAUUUUCCUUUUUUCCUUUUAUUUUUAUUUGUGGAACUGCUCGAGUCAAUCCUGUGUUCUGUGUUCUCUUGUUUCGGACUCCUCUGCUCCACUGCUCCCCCCCCCCCCCCCCCCAGCUUGCUUUACCCCAGCGCGGGGGAUGGGGGGCGCUCAGAGGGCCAGCGGGGGUCGUUGGGUCAGAGGGGGGCGCGGGGGCGGGACAUUCACGCUUUAGUUUUUAAUUCAGACUCCGACUGUGGCGGCGCAGGGCUAGGGGUCCGUCUGUCUGUCUGUCCCUGUACAAACCUGACACCAGCAAAGACGGCAGACGCGUCCGUACGUCGGACGUCCUGACAUGAGCUGCUGCUCGCCCUCUCCCCGGCCGCCCCCCCCCCCCUCUGCUCCAGGAGUCCUUGAAGACGGGGGUGGGGGUGGGGUCAGGGGUCGGAGGGUGGGGCUGCCGGUUGUGUUGAGUGGCGAUUGGACGAGGUGCGGUCCUUGAAGCAAUCGAGAUAUCCCCCCCCCCCCUCCCCCAGUGGUGCUGAGGCCUUCUGUGGGCACGGACUGCCAUGGUGCUAACAGUCAGGCUCCGCCUCUAGCCGGCAGCCCCCCCCACCGUCGCCUAGACAACCAGGCAGCUCCCCCUCUGUCGGGCCAGCAGGCAGCUGGCGGCGGGCCGAGCGCAGACCUCCACCUCACAGCACAGCGUGGCGUAGCCCCCCAGGCUGCUAGGGACCCUUUAAUAUCACCGAGCUCAUGGGGCACCCCUGUAGCCGCGGGGCGGGGGCUGACACUUUCAGUAUUCACCUGCCCCCCCAGAGCGGGGAGUCUCGCUGAACAGGAGGCAGACUAGCGUGUCUGGACUCAGACCCCGUACACACAUGUCAUUUGCAGGCAGAUCUGUAGCACUGUCUCAAGGCCAGUACCGCCCCAGCCAUGCACGCACUCUGCAGUGUUUGUACAGAAUAGAACUCUAGAUUCAGUCUUUACAUGAUUGUAUAUGAACCACAAAAGACCUGUUUUUUGGCGUUUUUUUUGUACGAAGAGUAAAUUAUGAUCCAGAUUUGAGAAAAAAAAGAUUGUAUUGUAAACUAUGGCUAAAUUUUUAUCCAGUUAAGAUGAAUUGAUCUUACCAGCUUGUACAAAAGACUUAAGAGGAGGUUGUUCACGGCAUUCACCUGUCCCCACUUUGCACUCCCCCCCCCCCCCCCCCCGCUAUACUAACCUGAUGGCUGCUCUGGUUCUUAAGGUCGCCCCCUCACCCCUUCAUUCGGACGGCAUGUAUUGCUGAGAUUGUAAAUAGACCGCGGCGUAACGGUCGCCGCGCUCCACAAGUCCAGAGGCACUGCCAGCUGGUGACCCCCCCCUUAUGGUCGCAUGGUGCAAGACCCCGCCACGCCCCAGCAGCUCCAUGACCACAGGGGGCGUACCACCGGAGCGUCGUGCCUCACUGGAGCAGUGCUCCUCGUCUUGCACUGCCCCCCUGCUGGUGAACGCCUGAACAACCUUUUCUCUUAUUUUUAAAUACUGUCGAGACAUUGUGAAGAUUAUGUGGUUGUUUGUUUUGUCUUUUUUAAUGAGCUGUGACAAUGCUAUGAUGUGUACCCGCCCCUCCUUUAAGUUGAACUCCUUAGUAAUCAGGUAUGCUAUAUAUAGACCCUCCCUCAUAGUGUCCACCCGCUGUCCCUUGGCUCGGCUCCCCGGUCCCUCACCCCCCCUCUGGGACUCUGGUCCCCCCCCAGCCCCCAGCCUGGCCCAUCGGGCCCCUGGCCCGUGCGUUGCCCUGGUUCUCCAUCAGCCCUCGACCCCAGGCCCACUGUAAUUGUUUUGCCCCUGGUUCAACCACUCUGUACAGCCCCCCCCCUCCCGUAUCUCAGUUCUAGUGCCAUCGCCAUAGUCCUGUUGCUCUGCUGGAGGCCCCCCCAGGUCUAAGGAUGAGGCAGUCGGUGUGUCAGGUCGUCCCCCCCCCCCGUUAGGCCCGCCCCCGGGAGCUCUGUAGUCAGGUUUCCGGUCGGAACGCUGGAGCUCCCCCCACGAGGCUCCGCCCACAAGGCUCCGCCCACGAGGCUCCGCCCACGAGGCUCCGCCCACGGGGCUCCCCCCACGGGGCUCCCCCCACGAGGCUCCCCCCACGAGGCUCCGCCCACAAGGCUCCGCCUCCGUCGUUGUUCUCAGUGUGCACCGUUGGAACCGAGCACUUGGCUUCAGAUACUGCUUUAGACCCCCCCCCCCCUCUGUGAGUUUGGACACAUUUUAGUGAUUAUUGAUCACGCCACUUUUUUAAAAAUGUAUAUUUUGACAUCUGUCAGGGGGACAACGAGUAGAGAAGUUCAGACUUAAUAGUAAAGUUGAGUUUUCUUGUCAAUUUAGUUUGCCCCACGUUUUUAUUUUACUUGUUUUCGAUUGAAUGGUGUCCAGCCUGAUUUUAUUUUAUUUCUGAAUUGCAUUAGUAUUGUAGUAGAUUUAAAGACUAGCUUUUUGUAAAGUGUGAAUAAAAGAUGUAUCUCAUGUUUCCUUUCUAAAAGAUGUGUUGUGUAAAUCCUGAACUCUAUGGUGUUAUGGUGGCCACGUUCUGUCCCUUAAUCCUCUUGAUUUCCCCCUGGCGUUGCAAACCAAAUCCUGUGUUAACCCUGGUGGGAAAGGUCUCAUGAAAUUAGUAGUUGAGGAAUUGAACACUUCUGAAGUCUCGCGCAGAUGGAUUUGAUAGUGAGAGGUGCCGAGUACCAUUGUUUAUUGGUAAGAAUGUUUUUUUUAAUCACGGGAUAUUCAAGUUUUACGUUUUGAAUUUCAGCUUUAUGUGGGAUGUUUCGUGACUCUAGCCAUGUUCUUAGGAUAGGGCAGGUGAUUUGUGGCAGUCUGGCCGGUAUGGGAAAUGUUUUUAGUUCUAGACUGGUCCUGUGAUUUUUGAGUAGCAUACUAGUCCCAUCUCACUUUGUACCGUGUGCAUCACAGUGGAUAACUGUUACGCUAGCAAGCUAUAGAUAGUUAUAGUUCUUUUGGUCGUGGCCCCACGUCGUCUGGCUUGUGACGGGCGAACAGGGUUGCGGUCCCUCGUCUUCAGUGUGUAGGAACACUGGGUUGGAUCUGCACUUUGUCACUGUGGGUCGGAGCACGCUGAAGUUGGCUCUUCUCUUUUUCGCCAGGCUGAAUCUUGUUUUAACUUGUGUUUUUCCGUUUCGAUGUUGUACACCAAAGCUGCUUGUGUUUAAGUUUUUAAGAUUUAGAGCAAGACCCCCUCCCCCCCUCCCCUAGUGUUAUUGAUGCAGGGCGGGUACCCAGGGCAGAUGCUGCCGUUCCCUUGGUAACGGUCACGCGUUGCAUCCACGUGCGGCCAUCCUUCAGUGGAGCGGUGGAUUCAGUAGUUCUCCUGAAACUUGGCAAUAAUACCGUAGACGUUUUUAUUUUUUAACCUGGAAGCCCACGGCUUGUUGCCCUCUUCAUUUCUAUUUUGUGGAUCCGCAGCACGCCUGCGGUUGGGCCGUCCGUCCGCCGACCCCCAGUGGGACGUCUCCGUUCGUUUCUCCUCAUUUUGUAUAUUUACUCGCCCACCCUGCCGAUCGAUCGUGAUAGUUGUUCAAUAAUCAGGAUUGUCUAUCUUUUAGUCAAAUGAGUACAUAUAUUGAUCUGUGUCACUGUGUUAAUACACUGGACCAACAAUUGUUUACCAUUCAUAAAAUACCAGCAAAAUAUUACGAAUAAUAACCUGGAGGAAAAAAAACCACACAUGCACAAUGUUGUAGAAUGUCCAUGAACCCAGAUCAGAUAACAAGGCAGCUGUUUUCAAUUCAACACACUGAUAAAAAAAAAAAAGCUGAGUGGUAAACAAUGCUCUUUCUGUUGUACCCCUUUGCUGUCCUCUUGAUAGUUUUCAGACUUUACUUUUCUCUCUGAAUAGAGGUUCUGCUUGGUUUCUUUACACCUAUAUGUAUUUUCCUACUUCUGGUGGAAAUAAAUUCUAUAUUAUCUGUUUUAAACGUGUCACCUCUUCUUUGCAAUGGAUAUUGAAAAUAAAUUCUAUAUCGGUUUUACUUU